AUGGUUAGUGUGGAAGGGAUGGGAGACAUGAAAGAAGUCUUGAGAGCCUCUCUGACUGUGGAUCCCAGCAGCUCCCAGAUAUUUGAAGGUGAGCCGCUGCGUCUGAGCUGUGACGACGACAUCAGCAGCUCUGCUGGAUGGAUCCUGAGGAGAAACACCAGCAACCAGCACAUGACUGAGUGUGGAGUGAAAUGGGGAAGAAGGACGGGCGCCACCUGCAGGAUCAGUCUGACCGUCUCAUGGGACAGCGGCCUCUACUGGUGCCAGUCCACAGAGGGAGUCAUCAGCAGCAUGGUCAACCUAACUGUCACUGGUGGAUCAGUGAUCCUGCAGAGUCCUGUCCUCCCUGUGAUGGAGGGAGAUGACGUCACUCUGAGCUGCAGAGCAAAGAGUCCAGCCCACAACCUCCCAGCUGCUUUCUAUAAAGAUGGCUCCUUCAUUGGUGAUGGACCAUCAGGUCACAUGACCCUCCUCCAUGUCUCCAGCUCUGAUGAAGGCCUCUAUAAGUGCAGCAUCAGCGGUCAGGGAGAGUCUCCAUCCAGCAGGAUCUCUGUGGAAGUCUCAGCUUCAGCUCCGCCUCCUGUAGAAGAAGGUCUGCACUUUGUGUUCCACGUUCUGCUCCACCUGUUGGUGUUCUGUCCAUACUUCAUCUGCACUGCCCUCCUGGUCUCUGUGUGUCGAAGCAGAACCACAGAGCCAGGAUUGGAUGAUGAAUACGAUGAUGUCGCCACACCUGUCGCCACAGAACAUCACUUCUGAUUCCAGCUGGGUGGAUCUGUUGGAUCAACAUGAGUCUUCCCUGGUUUCUCCUUCUUCUGCUUAAUAAAGGCCACACCUGAUGCCUA